AUGGUAGAGUCUCCUCCACCUCAGUUUUUAAAAACUAUAGAAUGGGACAUGAUGGACAAAACAAAAUUUGUCCCAUUGUCUAUGUUAAGCUCCUUCUCAGUUCGUUGUGCAUUGUACCCUCUCACGUUAAUUAAGACUCGAUUACAAAUUCAGAAACAUAAUGAUGUUUAUUCAGGAACAUUUGAUGCAUAUUAUAAAAUUUUUAAAUAUGAAGGUUUCUCUGGACUUUACAGGGGAUUUUGGGUGUCUUCUGUGCAAAUAGUUAGUGGAGUUUUUUAUAUUUCAACUUAUGAAGGAGUUCGUCAUGUACUAUCUAGGAAAGAAGUUAACUCAAAGUUUAAAGCAUUGGUUGCUGGAGGAUUUGCAUCACUGGUUUCACAAACAAUCAUUGUACCUUUUGAUGUUAUAAGCCAACAUUUGAUGAUGCUUGGAUGUCCUAAAAGUGACUAUCAGCAUUUUCUGCAUGUAAGUGAUGAUGUUGCAAGGAAAGGAAAGUUCGCUGUUACAACUGAAAUUGCUAGGCAAAUAUUUCAAGCUGAUGGUAUAGCAGGUUUUUAUCGAGGCUAUGGAGCAAGUUUGGCUGCUUAUGUUCCGAACUCUGCAUUGUGGUGGGCAUUUUAUCACUUUUACCAAGAUGAAUUGUAUGCGAUUUUACCAUCAUGGUUCUCUCAAUUAUUGAUCCAAACUGUGGCAGGAACUCUGGGGGGAUUUACAACAACUAUUCUUACAAAUCCACUAGACAUUGUUAGAGCAAGGCUUCAAGUACAAAGGUUGAACUCGAUGAGUAGAGCAUUUAGGGAUUUAUGGCGAGAAGAACGUUUACAAAUGUUCACAAAAGGUCUCAGUGCUCGUCUUGUUCAAUCAGCUACAUUCAGUUUUAGUAUAAUUUUGGGUUAUGAAACAAUUAAAAGAAUUUCUGUUAAUGAUGAAUAUAAGGAACUUGUUCGAUGGUGAUAUUUAGUUGAUUUUUUUUGUUUCAAAUUGUUCAUGUAAAUAUUUAAAUACUUUAUUGUUGUUAUUAUAUAUCUUAGUCCUACAUUUCUUCGUAGCGAAGGAAGUAGUUUGUAAAGACGUGAUUGUAUAAAUCUAAAAAGCAAUUAAGUAGGAAAUGAAUUAAUAAUACACUUUCAAAAUCGUUGUUGAUGUUUUUGAAAAUGGAAAUAUCAGAUUUUCUAUUUGAAUAACGCAACAAAUUAGUCGCCUGUUUGCCUAUUGUUUCAUUAUUAACAUUAAAUUCAUAUAAAAAUAAAAAUCUAUUUUUUAA